AUGCGGCUGCGGGCAGCCCUCGCCCGCCUGGUUCUGGCGGCGGCGGGCCUCCUGCUCGCCAGCCGUUCCCCAGCGGCGGCGGCGCCUAUCGCCGGCUGGGUGAAUGGCGCCAAUCGCAGGUCCCCCCUGGGGACCAACCUGGCUGGGGUGACGUACUGGACAGCCCAGUAUCCCUUUGUGGAUCACAUGAAAAUGGCGGGGAGAUGGCUGUCGGGCAGCGCCGGGGCGUGGGACGACCAGCGGCCGCUCGACUUGGAUGCCCACGGCAACGUGCGCAGCCUGCUGGCGGGGCAGGUGGCACGCACCGUCGUGUUUGCGGGGGCUGACCCGGGGCUGGCUGGGAAGAAGUUCCUGCUGCGCUGGGAGGGCACCGGGCAGCUGGACUUUGGGAAUGUGGAUGUCCAGGCGUUCAACGCGACCCGCCGCACGGCCUUGCUCCAGCUGAGGCCCAUCAGGGGCCCCGACACAAACCUGAUAGUGAUCAUCAACCUGGUGUCCACAAGAGCCGCCGACCCGCUGCGCAACCUGCGCCUGCUGCCGCCCGGCGGCGGCAUCUGCACCGGCAACCCGCUGCGGGCGGUGGCGGGCGCGCGCGACUGCCCGCCAGGCGCAUACCGCUCCUUUGCCGCCCACCAUGCCUCGAUUCUGUUCAACCCGGAGUUUCUGGCGGACAUCAAGCGGUACAGCCUGCUGCGCUUCAUGGACUGGCAGAGCACCAACAACAACCCCACCCAGUCCUGGGGCGAGCGGGCGCUGCCCUCGCACCAGUUCUGGACGGACGAGCGGCGGGGGGUGCCGCUAGAGGUGCUGCUGGCGCUGGCAAACGUGCUGGGCGCAGACCCCUGGCUGUGCAUCCCGCACCGCGCAGACGACGCCUACGUCACCGCCUUCGCCCAGCUGGUGAAGGAGCAGCUGGCGCCGGGCCGCCUGGCGCACCUUGAAUAUAGCAACGAAGUGUGGAAUGGCAUGUUUGAGCAGACGCGGUGGGCGCUGGCGCAGGCGGACGCGCUGCGCCUGCACCCCACAGACCGCUACACAGGCCUCAUGCGCUUCUACUCGCGCCGCAGCCAGCAAGUCUUCCUGCUGGCGGCGGCGGCCAUGGGCGGCCGGUCCCGGCUGCGGUGCGUGAUGGCCACACAGGCAGUGGUGCCCUACUUUACGGAGCAGAUCCUGGGGUUUGAGCAGGCCCGGAACCUGACUGACCUCUUUGCCGUCGCGCCCUACUUUGGGGCCACCUUCACUCAGCCAGGCGAGGCGGCGGCGCUGCAGCGGCUGGGCCUGCACGGCGUGCUGCGCUGGCUGGCCGGCAACGCGUCUGCCGAGGAGCGGUCGGGGCUGCCGUACGGCGCGCUGCCCGACGUCGACGCCGCGGUGGCGGCGCAGGCGGCCGUGCUGCGCCAGCUGGGCAUCCCGCUGGCCGCCUACGAGGGCGGGCAGCACCUGCUCGUGGCAGGGGCGCUGCACGGCGACGCCCGGCUGGAGGCACUGCUGGACGGCGUGAACCGGCACCCUCUCAUGAAGGGGCUGUACCUGCAGUACCUAGCCGCCUGGCGCCGCCGCACCCGCCAACGGUUCGUGCACUUUCCGCCAGCGGGCGCCUGA